AUGGCAACACCAUCAAGUUUAAAUAGCAAUGAAACUGGAGUUUGUCAUGCCUAUGACAAUAAAUACUUAUUGGUAGAGUAUCCAGCUGGACAAUGCAAUGGAGAUGUUUUGAAUGCCGUUUACUACCAGACAUACUCGUGCUUUGACCGUACCUAUGUAACUUGUGAUCCAAAAUCCAAGACCGCAGAGAUUACUUCCUACUAUUGUAGUGAUUGCAAUUGCUCAGAGAGUGGUUCGAUCAAAGUUAGUCUUGGAUGUGAUAAAGAUACCGGUGCCAUCUACAGCUGUGAAUCUACUAUUACCAAGAUGCCAAGUUCCAUUUCCACCUUCAAAUACGUUGAUCAGCACUGUGGAGGUGAACCAUACUACGCUCAAAUGGAAGCAACCAAUGUUUGUUUUAACAGCACCGUUGUUCAAUGCACAGACACCUCUUUGACAAUGGAAAAGUAUUCAGAUGCCGACUGCACUGGUCAAGCUACUCCAUACAAUGAUCAUUAA